AAACUGAUUAUGUUGCAAAUGCUCUGAUCAUUUGUAAUUAAGGUCGAUACAAUCUCUGGUAGAUCAGCUAUAAUUUGACGGCGAAGCUGGCCAUUUCGUAAUCCGUACUUGCUUAGGCACAGUGAUCGUGACCGAGCCUAUAAUGAGAUCCGUACACAAAUUGCACCAUCUGGAAAAACACUUUCACUUAACAUUUGUUGUCGGUAUAAAAUCCGUAGGGUAGAUCAUUUACCGUUGACCAAGAUGACGCUACGGAUGGUCUUCCUUGAGUUGCUAUUGUGGACAGCAACAAAGGGCCACUACUAUUCUGAUUACGGCUACUGGGAGAUCAACGAGCCUCCGCCAAUUUGUUCCGAUUACGAAAUGCUUGUGGCCAACACCCACCAGUGCGUGAGGCGCUGCAAUAUUGUGUGCCGGGAUCGCGUAUGCAUCGAGGAUGGACCUUGCCCUUGUGCGGAUCAAUACAUGUCGGGAAAUCCGGACGGAUUGGUUUGUGCGGCAGAGUGUCUUCCUGGUUGCAGGGAGGCAGGUGGCUACUGUGCCACACCCAAUAUCUGUGUGUGCCGAAGAGACAGGCACUACUAUUUUGAUCCCCUGUCUCAAAAGUGCCGCCACAGGGCUUCUAGACUGCUGGACCCCUGCCUCGGGCGCUGCUCACAUGGUAACUGCUCCUUUGACGGUCAGUGCACCUGUGCACAGGGCUACGAGCUAAGGACCAGCGUGAUUCACGGACAGAAAUGCAUGCCCGUCUGUGAUCACAAUUGCGGACCUCAAGCCUACUGCUUUGCACCCAACUUGUGUGCAUGUCGGCACAAGGACCACCAUUACGCUUACAAUGGUCUCUGCUCUAUGGACUAUUAACGAAGGUUGGCCGAAAACCAAUGGGUCUUUUUAUGCCACUGUCGCUGCCGAUGAAAUUCCCUGACUUUAUACACACGAUGAAAUGAUGAAUUAAUAUUUAUUCAAAUUCAACGUUUUAAAAAACUUAAUAAUGAGCUUUCUCUGUGAAUAUAUAAGGUUAACUAUUUAAGAACACAAGGCUGAGAUAAUAAAGAAACUUGUCUAGUGACAA